UUUGUAUGUCUUUUCUUCUUACUAUGUUUAUUGUAUAUGCACCAAAACAACAAAUCAGCCUCCUUGUAUGUUGAAAGCCUGAUUCUGAUUCUGAAACAAUGUAGUGUUUAAAAUAACUUCAUCACAUGAUAACUUCCCCAAAUCUUCAUUAUACGAGUCAGAGUCUUCAGCUUGGUCGGGUUUCAUUGUGUCAGUGCUGAUGAUGGAGUUUCCACUCUCUCCGAGCAGAAAUGUAGCAAUCUGAAUUUUGUGAUGCCGAUCAAUGAUGGAGUCCCUUGACAUCGUUUUCCAUCUCAUUGUUGUCUAUGUUCUUCUUCUACAGUCAUUUGGAGUUUUCCUUGCAGCUCAGUCAGAGUUGAUUUGUUCUCAUCAACCAAUCGUAGCUUUGGCUGGCAAUGAUGUCAUUCUACCAUGUCGCCUUGAACCUGCCAUCAGUGCCGCUGACUGGAGAGUGGAGUGGACCAAACCUGGUUUGGACCCAAAGAAUAUCCACAUCCACCAAGAUGGACGACUGGAGUAUUGGACUCAAAAUCCGUCUUAUAAUUUCCGAACACGAGUGUUUGUGGAUGAACUGGAACAAGGAAACGUCUCCAUGAAAAUCUUCAGUGUGAAACUGUCUGAUAAAGGAAAAUACAGAUGUUACAUUCACUCAGUGCAGGAAGAAGCUUUCAUCCAUCUCAGUGUUGGUUCAGUCUCGUCACCUGUCAUAAAGGUUACUGCAAAUACAAGUAGAACACUGGUGUUACAGUGUGAGUCUAAAGGCUGGCAUCCAGAACCUGAGCUGUUGUGGCUGGACGGUGAGGGAAAGCUGCUCUCUGCUGGACGAACAAAGACAAUCAGAGGUCCUGAUGACCUCUAUACUGUCAGAGGCAGAGUGACUGUGGAGAAGAGACACAGCAACAACUUCACCUGUAGAGUCCAACAGAAGAUCAUCAACCAGACCAGAGAGACACAGAUUCAUGUUCCAGGUGGUUUCAUCAAGGACCCAUCUGAAGAUUAUCCUGUGAUUAUUGGGAUUCUCAUGCUUGGGAUCCCUUUUAUUCUUUUGCUGGUUGUAUGUUUGCUGUGCCGUCUACGUAGCUCCAAAAUAUCUACAUCUGAUGAAGAAAUAAAAUCAACAACAACACAAUCGUCUGAACUCACUACAGGGGAUUUGACCAUAUAUUAAGAUAUGAAGAGGCACAGUUUGUACUGUACAUCAACAAUACGCUGAUCCUUUUAUCUCCUUAUACCUCAAACAGGAGAUUGUGUGUUUUCUGUAGUUACUUUAUAACAUAUUUGUGUAAAUAAAUAAAUUUAAUGUACAAACAGCAUUAUAUGACCUGUUGCAUCUUCAGUAACAGUUGUAUAUAGACAUUCAUGAGUAGCAAGAGCAAUUCAUGGUUAACAUCUAUGUCCAAACUAAUAGUAUGUUAUUAUAAGUUUCAACCUGCAGUGAAACUGAAUUUGAAAUAAACUUAAUAAAAACUUU